AUGGUGAAUGGUCAUUGGCUGCAUCAUUAUAACAACUCUAAAUUGUUUCAUAUUGAUGCAAUAGGCUCUGACCAUCUGCCAAUUCUCUUGGUUACCAACAGUAAUGUUUACCAAGGAAAAAAGCCAUAUAGAUAUUUCAAGUGCUGGUUUAAAGAUCCAACUUGUCAGCAAAAUAUUAAGGAUGCUUAUAAAACUAAUCUUAGAGGUUCCCAUGCUUUCAAAAUGGUCAACUGUCUUAGAAAUGUAAAAUAUGAGCUAAGGAAAUGGAACAAAAACCAUUAUGGUAAUAUUGAUCAAAAAGUUCAUUCUUUAACUAAUCAGCUCAGUAUUCUGAAUAACAAUCCUUACUCUAUUCAGAAUAAUGAGGCCAUAAUGGAGGUAGAACAAAAUCUUGAGUUGGCUCAAAAAGCUCAAGAAUCCUUUUAUGCUCAAAAAUCCAGAGUUGAUUUCAUCAAAAUUUAUGAUAAAAAUACCUACUAUUACCAUACUAAUGUUAACAGAAGGGGACAUUUCAAUCAUAUUAGCUCUCUAAAAUUAGCAAAUGGUCUUUGGUCUGAGGAUAGAGAUACUCUGGAGGACCUACUUGUUACUCAUUUCAAAAAUAUUUCCACUACCACUAAUCCUAUCUUAAAUGAUAAUUUCUUGAAUUGCAUCGAUAGUUGUAUUACUAAUGAGGAAGAUGACAAGCUUUUGAGUCCCAUUACUCUUGAUGAGAUUAGGAAUACCAAUUAA